AUGGAGUGCAGGCCAUUAGAGAUCACGGUUACGUCAGCCAAAGAUGUCAAUGUUUUUGGCAAGAUGGAUGUCUAUUGUAUUGUUUCCAUCAAAGGAGAUCCAUAUAAAUCUAAGCAGAAACAGCAAACCCACGUUCAUAAAGAUUCGGGGCCUAACUCUCUUUGGAAUUUCCCUAUGAAAUUCACCAUUGACGAAGCUGCUGCUCAACAACAUCGCUUAAAGAUCAAGUUUAAGCUUAGAGCUAAGCGGAUGAUGGGGGAUAAAGAUGUUGGUGUCGUCGUCUUGCCUGUCAAGGACUUACUGGAUGCAAAAGAUAGAAAAGGCAUCUUGAGUUAUGCUGUCAAGACCAGCUGGGAAGAUGAAAGGAACACGCUGGAUAAAUGUGGUCAGGAUAUGGUCGAGCCUAAAGGCGGCAUUUCCAUGGUGGCUAAGCCCUCUGCCUAUCUGAACAGGGUUGUUAAGAUCAGGCAUUCGCCUACAGACGACGGGAAAGAUACGGUUUUUGAUUAA